CAAUCUUUUUUCCUUUUGGCUUCCAUGGCUUCCAUUUCUCUCUACCUAGCCAUUGUAUUCUCUUUUGUUUCUUUGCUUUUCUUUUCAUCUCAUGCACAGUUAUCGACGAACUUCUAUGCUACAACUUGCCCCAACUUACCCACGAUUGUGCGUGGUGCCAUGACCCAAGCUCUUAACGCAGAUUCCAGAAUAGCAGCCUCUUUGCUUCGCCUAUUCUUCCACGAUUGUUUUGUUAAUGGUUGUGAUACUUCAAUCUUGCUGGAUGACACAUCGACUUUCACCGGCGAGAAGAACGCAGGACUGAAUGGAAAUUCUGCACGUGGGUUUGGAGUGAUCGACACCAUUAAAUCACAGGUUGAAGCAAGCUGCGCUGGUGUUGUAUCUUGUGCUGAUAUACUUGCUCUGGCCGCUAGAGAUGGUGGCCUUGGUGGGCAAUCAUGGACAGUGCCAUUAGGAAGAAGAGAUGCAAGGACAGCAAGCCAGAGUGCUGCAAACAACCAGAUACCUGGCCCUUCAAGUAGUCUAUCAACCUUAGUUUCUAUGUUUUCCGCCAAGGGGUUUACUGAUGCAGAAAUGACUGUUCUAUUCGGUUCUCAUACCAUAGGUCAAGCUGGUUGUACCAGUUUUCGUAACCGCAUUUACAAUCAAGCCAACAUUGAUCCAGAAUUUGCCACCACCCGAAGGGCAAACUGCCCCUCUACCAGUGGCAGCGGUGAUCGAAACUUGGCUCCACUUGAUAUCCAAACCCCAACUCGGUUUGAUAACACCUACUUCCAGAACUUGGUCGCUCAGCGCGGGUUACUAAAUUCGGACCAAGUCUUGUUUAAUAACGGAUCACAAGAUGCAUUGGGUCGAACAUAUAGUCAAAACAAUGCUCGGUUUCUUGCUGAUUCCGCAGCAGCAAUGGUUAAAAUGGGAAACCUUAGUCCAGCUUCAGGCACCCAAACAGAGAUCAUAACGAACCGCAGGAUAACUAACUAA